AUGUGUGGUUCUGGGAAGAGUUAGAGGACUGGUGAGGAAAGACAGCAGGGACAGAAGGAAAGUGACAGGGAGAGAGAUAGCUAGCUAGAUUUUUUUGUUCUAUAUUCUUAAACAUUUUCACUCACUUUUCUAAAUUAGACACUGAAGGAUUUUGAUGAUCAGUUACUAGACCUAGGUACCUCUGCCGGACGGGAUCAGUUUGACAUGUCGCUGAUACUGACUGUGUUAGACAAGCUGACGUACUUCCUGUCUUUAAUUGCGUUUUGCGUCAGUGUAUCUUAUGGCUGGUUGAAAUGAGACUAGAUCAUUCCUUUAAUCUUAAUUUGGGCCUGAGAAUGAUAUGGUGUCAUCGUUUUCAAUGGACUAUUGCUUUUUUCUGAGUUCAGUCCAUUCUUUAAAGAUGUUUUCCAGUGUGAGUUAAUUAGGAUGCUUUGAUCCACAUACGUUGGAUAUCUAUCACCUCUGUUUGUGACCGGAGACAGUGAGCCAGACACCUGUGAGAGAUCAACACCAUGUCACUACAGCGGAUGCUGAAGCUGCACUAUGUGCUUGUGCUGGUGCUGUGUGUGUCAGCCAGCGAAGACUUCGACUGGACCAAGAAUGAACGCGGAUCAUUCUACUAUGGCACUUUCCCAACUGGGUUUUCCUGGGGGGCUGGGGGCUCUGCGUACCAGACAGAAGGAGCCUGGGACAAGGAUGGCAAGGGGAUGAGCAUCUGGGACGUGUUCGCCCACAAGAAGGGAAAGAUCUUCCUCAACGACACCGCAGACCACUCCUGCGAAGGAUACUACAAAUUCAAGGAUGACAUCACCUUGAUGAAGGACAUGAAGUUUAACCACUAUCGUUUCUCCAUCUCCUGGCCAAGGAUAUUUCCCAACGGAAUCAAAGCUGAUCACAUCAAUGAGAAGGGAAUUAAAUACUAUGAUGACCUGAUCAACAUGCUCCUGGACAAUAACAUCACACCAAUAGUCACCCUGUACCACUGGGAUCUGCCACAGGUCUUACAGGAGAAGUACGGUGGAUGGCAGAACGUCAGCAUGGUGAACUAUUUCAACGACUUUGCCAACUUAUGCUUUGAGCGGUUUGGUGACAGAGUCAAAUACUGGAUCACCUUCAACAACCCAUGGUCUAGUGCUGUGGAGGGCUAUGAAACUGGAGAACAUGCACCUGGACUGAAGCUGAGGGGCACUGGGGCCUACAAAGCUGCCCACCACAUUAUCAAGGCACAUGCUAAGGUUUGGCACACCUAUGACACUCAAUGGAGAAGCAAACAGAAAGGCUUGGUUGGGAUCUCGUUGUUGGCAGACUGGGGGGAGCCAGUGGACAUCACCAACCAGAGAGACAUCGAGGCAGCAGAGAGAUAUGUCCAGUUCUACAUGGGCUGGUUCGCUACACCCAUCUUCAACGGGGACUACCCUCAGGUCAUGAAAGACUACAUAGGUAGGAAGAGUGCCCAGCAGGGUCUAGGAACCUCCCGUCUCCCUGUCUUCUCUUCCCAGGAGAAGAGUUACAUCAAGGGCACCUGUGACUUCCUGGGUAUUGGCCACUUCACCACGCGCUAUAUCACCCAAAAGAACUACCCGUCUGGCCGCGGGAACAGCUACUUCACCGACCGUGACCUGGUGGAGCUGGUGGACCCUCGCUGGCCCGACCCCGGCUCUGAGUGGCUCUACUCUGUCCCCUGGGGAUUCAGACGCCUGCUUAACUUCGUCAAGACCCAGUAUGGGAACCCCAUGAUCUACGUGACAGAGAAUGGGGUGUCAGAGAAGGUGCAGAGGUGCACAGACCUGUGUGAUGAUUGGAGGAUGCAAUACUUCAAAGAUUACAUCAAUGAGAUGCUCAAGGCCCUUAAGGACGGAGUGAACGUGAAGGGUUACACAGCCUGGUCACUGCUGGACAAGUUUGAGUGGGACGAAGGCUUCUCUGAGAGGUUUGGCCUGUUCUACGUGGACUUCCUCAACAAGAAUAAACCACGUUACCCAAAAGCCUCUGUUCAGUACUACAAACGCAUCAUCAGCUCCAAUGGAUUCCCCAACCAGAGAGAGGUGGAGAGCUGGAAAAGGAAAGCAACAGAGACGUGCUCCUCCAGUAACCAGCUGCUAGCUGCAGAUCCGUUGACCAGCCACAUGGAGAUGGUAACAGAGAUCGUGGUUCCUACAGUCUGUACUCUCUGCAUUCUCCUGGCUGCUGUCUUCCUCAUGUUCCUGCUGCGUGGACGCUUCUAGAACACUGCUGUCUUCCUCAUGUUCCUGCUGCGUGGACGCUUCUAGAACACUGCUGUCUUCCUCAUGUUCCUGCUGCGUGGACGCUUCUAGAACACUGCUGUCUUCCUCAUGUUCCUGCUGCGUGGACGCUUCUAGAACACUGCUGUCUUCCUCAUGUUCCUGCUGCGUGGACGCUUCUAGAACACUGCUGUCUUCCUCAUGUUCCUGCUACGUGGACGCUUCUAGAACACUGCUGUCUUCCUCAUGUUCCUGCUGCGUGGACGCUUCUAGAACACUGCUGUCUUCCUCAUGUUCCUGCUGCGUGGACGCUUCUAGAACACUGCUGUCUUCCUCAUGUUCCUGCUGCGUGGACGCUUCUAGAACACUGCUGUCUUCCUCAUGUUCCUGCUGCGUGGACGCUUCUAGAACACUGCUGUCUUCCUCAUGUUCCUGCUGCGUGGACGCUUCUAGAACACUGCUGUCUUCCUCAUGUUCCUGCUGCGUGGACGCUUCUAGAACACUGCUGUCUUCCUCAUGUUCCUGCUGCGUGGACAAUGAUAGCUGUAUUUUUUAUUACACACAGUUCAUCUCUUUUAUAUACAUAUUGCAACAGAUACAAACCUGGACACCGGACACAUUUUAAAAUGGAACGAUAGCUAUUCCAUGUUAAUAAAGUGUUAACAUACAUUAUUAUCUGUAUCUUGAAAAUCUAAUUAAAUUGCAAUAAAGAUUGUACAACCUGUUUGGAAA